GUUUUCAAGUGCUGAAGAUUAGCCAAUCAUCCAGCGGCAAACUUGAUUGUCAAACAAUCAAAAUCUUGUCUGGACUUGUUGGACUAGUGUAUGUUGAUAGUAUUGUGUAUUUGUUUCGAUAAAAAAGACGUAUUUUAGAAGAAUAACAGUGAUAAACAGUAUGUGAACAGGUGACAGUGAUCCUUUUUUCUGUGGUUCAAAGAAUUAAAAGAAGGCACUCAGAAGUGUGGGGAAAAAUGUCACAUUUUAAUUUUGAGAAUGAACUGAAUAGCGUGUUAAGAAUGGAUGGACCAAUAACGAAAGGGCCAAGUAUGCGUUUUGAAAGAAAGACGGAAUUUAACCAGUCUGUCAACAAUUCCCUCAAUAUCAGCACAACAGCCAAAACUCCCAUGAAGAAUCUCAACCGCUCCACCAACAAUCCAAAGACACCAUCAGCAAAGACACCAAAAUCUUUCAAUCCAGCAAGGACACCUGGAGGAUCCAAAGCUCCUAAAACACCAAGUGGUGGCGAUCGAUUCAUACCUAAUCGUAGUGCUACUCAGUUUGAACUAGGGCACUUCAAAAUAACUACUGACAGUGCUAGCAAUAGUGAUGCAGACAAUCUGUUGAGCCCUUCACAGAAAGAAUAUCAGAAAUUAAUGAGUGAAAACCUGAAUGGAACAGAUAUCUCCAACAAUAAAAUCAUAUCAUACAAGACUAAAGCACCUAGUGCACCAGAAGGAUAUCAAAACAACCUCCGAGUUUUGUACAGUUCAUGCAAGACGCCUGCUGGCUCCAUGAAGAAAACAAUGCGUCACAUUCCUCAAGUGCCAGAACGUAUCCUUGAUGCUCCAGACAUCCUUGAUGAUUAUUACCUGAACCUGCUUGACUGGUCAUGUAACAAUCUCCUGGCUGUGUGUCUGGGGGGGAGUGUGUACCUCUGGAAUGCAGCCACAGGGGAGAUUGAGCAGCUGCUGCAGAUGGAAAGUUCUGACCAGUAUGUAGGGGCUGUGUCCUGGAUCAAGGAGGGCAACUUUCUGGCUGUGGGAACCAGCAAUGGGGAAGUGCAAUUGUGGGACGUUGCCGUAAAGAAAAGGCUACGCAACAUGGCAGGUCAUGCUAACAGAGUGGGGGCUUUGUCAUGGAACUCCUAUAUUCUGAGCAGUGGUUCACGGAGUGGAGCUAUUCACCAUCACGAUGUUAGGGUGGCAGAACACCAUGUUGGCACACUUCUAGGACACACCCAGGAGGUGUGUGGGUUGAAGUGGUCCCCAGAUGGGAAGUUCCUAGCCAGUGGAGGGAACGACAAUCUUCUGAACAUUUGGUCUGCUCAGAUUGGCAGUACCCUCACUGACACAUCACCAGUGUAUACGUUUUCUCAACACCAGGCUGCUGUCAAAGCAUUGGCUUGGUGUCCUUGGCAACCUCAUCUUCUGGCCAGUGGUGGAGGCACCGCAGACAGACACAUCCGAUUCUGGAACUGUAGUACAGGAACAUGUGUAGACAGUGUGGAUACUAAGUCACAGGUUUGUGCUCUGCUGUGGUCAAAGAAUUACAAAGAGUUGAUAUCUAGUCAUGGGUUUGCUCUGAAUCAGCUAACCAUCUGGAAGUAUCCUACUAUGACAAAAGUUUCAGAGUUGUCAGGUCAUACUGCCCGCGUUUUACACAUGGCCAUGUCACCGGACGGUCAGACUGUUGUGUCAGCUGGAGCUGAUGAAACCCUCAGAAUCUGGAAAUGUUUCACACUGGAUGAACAAAAGAAAGCAGCUCAGAAAUCUGCCAUCAGCAAAGAUAAAAAGAGUGUUUUCUCCAUGACAUCUAUAAGAUAGGGGUUCUCAUGGCAUCCAAAAGACAGUCUGGGUUCUGGUACAAAGGUGCGAGUGAUGUUUUGAGUAUGUGUUGUUUGGAUGAAUUUUUUCAGGAGCCAUGUUAUAUUUUAAAAAAAAUGUGUUCAACGUGAUAUUUUGAUUUGCAAUAUUCAUAUUUAAUAUGAUAUUACUGGUAAAUUGAUUCUGAAGCCUUUAUGCAUCUUAUACUAGUAAUCAUGAACGAUGAAUUUCUGUAGUCUGUGCUUGAUGGGCUUUAUCAACACCAUCAUGAUUACUAAAUUAAUUGUAAACUUCCAUGAUGAUCAGUUUCUUUGUUGAAUGAGAUAUUUAUUUGAUGAGAAAGACAGGAUUUUUUUUAUAUCUUUCAAGGUAUUGUCUUACUUGUGAAAUAAAUAUACAUUCAAUAAAGAAAUUCUUUAAUAUCAUCAUUUUAUACAAAAUUUUCUGUUCAGUAUUUUCAAACCAAGCCAUGUUACCACUUUCCAUGCGACCUAAUUGCAUCGGUAUAUUAAAGAUGUCUUUCCUUCAGAAUCACUUUGAAUUGGCAGAGACAUAACAACUACAAUCAUGAUUCAAUCUUUAAUGAAUAUUGAUAAAAACUUUCUUAUAAGACUUUUGACACUUGUUCACCUGGAUGUGAGUGCUCUUAUUGGAGCAGUACUCUAAACAGGCCAAAUCAUCCUGUCCAGUGUUAAUUAAUGAGAGGUUGUUGAAAUGUUUAUGAGGUUAAUUUCCUCAUUAUAUAUAUAUAUAUCAGUUUUGUUAGUAUUGAUGAAUAAAGAUUUAAAACACUUA